AGACGGAGAGGAAGUUGUUGAUUCAAUGAAGCAAAAAAUGAAGAGUGUGAGAGUGUGUUUCCUCAUUUUCUUUUUAUUGGAAACAAUGUGCUCUGAAGGAUGUUGGAAAGAAGAGAAACAAGCACUUUUGGGUCUACGUUUAGAUGAUCGUUCCUCACGGAACUUCUACAGAGUUUCUUCCAUCUAUUGGAACGUCGACACAGAUUGCUGUGAAUGGUAUGGAGUGUACUGCAACUCCUCCACAGGGAGAGUGGUGGGACUCGAUCUUGACGGUGUCUGGUGGAAGUCAACAGAACAAUAUAUUAAUUACUCGGAUUUUUCUGUCUUCAAAGAUUUGAAGAACCUCUCCUUGCCAUUUAAAAAUAUAGUUGGUUGUGUUGGGGAUGCAGAUUUGCCAAAUCUCGAACUCCUUGACAUGUCUGGUAACAAGCUGGAUACUGCUGCCAGUAUUAUAUCUUGUUUGGAUGGCCUUCCAUCUCUUAAGUAUCUUUAUUUAGGAUAUAACGAGUUGAUUACAUCUUCAUUAAACCAUGUUUUUGAAAGUGUACCAAAGUUGCGUAGUAAUCUGAAGACCCUUGACAUAAGUGGGAACUAUUUGACUAAUGACAUCUUGCCAUCCCUUGAGGGAUUCACAUCUUUAAAGAAACUGUAUUUGGGUUAUAAUGAAUUGGACUUGGAUCUUCACUUUGAAGUUUUUGAAAGUGUGUCACGAAAGCUGCAUCGUAAUCUGGAGGUCCUUGACAUAAGUCGGAGCCAUUUGACUAAUGACAUCUUGCCAUCCCUUGAGAGAUUCACAUCUUUAAAGGAACUGUAUUUGGCUGAUAAUGAAUUGGACUCGGAUUUUCACUUUGAAGGUUUAUGGUCAACAUUGAGGAAUCUUGAGGUCCUUGACUUGUCUGAUAACAACUUCAACCAAACUGAUAUUGGCUAUGCUCUUGGUGGACUCUCAUCCCUCAAAUCUUUAUAUUUAAUAGACAGUGGAUUGAGUUGGAGAUCAAUUUCCAAUAUAUCAAAAUUGAGUUCUUUGGAGAACCUUUUCUUAUAUUGGAACGACUUGAAGGAGUCUGAAAGUAUAUUGUGGGGUUCAGAGAAUGAGACAUUUAAAUGGCCAACCAAUUUACAACAUCUAGACUUGAGUUCAAACCGUUUGAGCAACAAAUCUCUUUCAUCUCUGAAUGACCUUCCACAUCUCCAAUAUCUUGAUUUAAGUCAAAAUCAAUUAGAAGGAGCACUAGANAUAAGAGAGAAUGAGACAUUUAAAUGGCCAACCAAUUUACAACAUCUAGAACUGGGUGAAAACAGUUUGAGCAACGAAUUUCUUUCAUCUCUGAUGGGCCUUCCACGUCUCCAGUUUCUUGAUUUAAGCGACAAUCAAUUACAAGGAAGUGAGAAUGAGACAUUUAAAUGGCCAACCAAUUUACAAUAUCUAGACUUGAGUUCAAACCGUUUGAGCAACAAAUCUCUUUCAUCUCUGAAUGACCUUCCACAUCUCCAAUAUCUUGAUUUAAGUCAAAAUCAAUUAGAAGGAGCACUAGACAUAAGAGAGAAUGAGACAUUUAAAUGGCCAACCAAUUUACAACAUCUAGAACUGGGUGAGAACAGUUUGAGCAACGAAUUUCUUUCAUCUCUGAAGAACCUUCCACAUCUCCAAUAUCUUGAUUUACGCUACAAUCAAUUAGAAGGAGCUGUAGAUAUAAGCGGAUUAUCAACUUUAUCCAAUUUGACGAAUCUUUAUCUAAGCCAUAAUAAUAUCCAUAAUUUUGUUACCCAUCAAGGCUUAAAAGGUAUUAGUAGAUUGGAUGUCCUUGAUUUAGAUUGGAAUAUGAUAGAUGGAAACAAACUAAGAGAGUCAUUACGAGCUUUAUCAUCAUCCAUUAGAGAGCUUUCUAUAUCUUACAAUAACUUCAAAGGAACAAUUCUAGCUGAAGAUUUUCAAGAUUUAAGUAACCUAGAACGUUUGACAUUGGACAAAAAUAAUAACAUGGAGAAUGAAUUUUUUGAAAGUAUUGGAAACUUGACAUCCUUGAAAGCUUUGUCUCUUUCAUACUGCGACAUAAAUGACACCCUUCCUGAAGCUGAUUGGUCUAAGAUGAAGAAGUUAGAAGAGUUAAAUCUAAUAGAUAAUGGAUUUGAAGGAUCUCUUCCCAAUUCUUUUGUUAACAUGACUUCUCUUCGGAUAUUGGAACUUUCUCAAAAUAACUUCAUUGGAAGAUUUGAUUCUAACAUUGCAACACUUACAUCACUUGAAGAAUUUGGUUUUGUAGAAAACCAAUUUGAAGUUUCUAUUUCUUUUUCGUCAUUUGCCAAUCAUUCAAACCUUAAAGUCAUACGGGGUAAAGGGAAUAAAAUCAUAGUGGACUCGCAACAUAAUUUGCACACUUGGAUUCCAAAAUUUCAAUUAAGUGAACUUAGCUUGUCUUCAAACAUUGAGACUAGUUCUUUUCGGCUCCCCAAAUUUCUUCUUUAUCAAAAGGACUUAGUUACACUAGAUUUUAGCAAUUUGAAGUUGGAAGGAAGUUUUCCUCACUGGUUGUUAGAAAACAACACAAAAUUGAGGGAAGUAACUUUUAGAAAUUGUUCUUUGACUGAUACAAUGGAAUUACCAUUACGUCCCCUUCUUGAGUUAGAGAGCAUUGAUGUGUCUAACAAUACCAUAAUUGGUGAAAUUCCAAGUAAGAAUAUCAGUUCAAUUUAUCCAAAGUUGAAAAAUCUAAACAUGUCUAGAAACCACAUCCAAGGUUCAAUUCCUCGUGAGUUUGGCCAAAUGAAGUAUUUGUCUGAGUUGGAUCUUUCAAACAACCAAUUGUCUGGAAAAAUAUCAGAUGACAUAUUUGAAGAUGCACAACAACUCGUUUUGUUGAUACUUUCAAAUAAUAUGCUCGAGGGGCCCAUCUUUACAAUACCCGCUAAUUUGGGGUCUUUAUCAUUAAAUGAUAAUAAAUUUAGUGGUAAACUUCCAAGCAACAUUUUUAACACAUCCAUCGUUUUAUUGGACGUAAGCAAUAAUCAUUUGGUAGGAGACAUUCCAAUCCUUUUGACAAAUUUUUCAAGAUUAUCGGAACUUCGUAUGUCCAAUAACCACUUUGAAGGGUCCAUUCCAUUACAAUUGAUACAACAACUUAGAGAUCUAAGAUAUUUAGAUCUCUCCCAAAAUAAUUUGACUGGUCUUGUACCAUCAUUUCUAAAUUCUUCUGUGAAAUUUAUCCAUUUGAGCAAUAACCGUUUAACAGGAUUGUCCAAAAAGAUGUUCAAUGGAAACUCUCCUUUAGUGAUGCUAGACCUUAGCUACAAUGAAAUAUUUGGCAACAUUCAAGAUAUGAUGCAAGAUCUUAGUUAUACAAAGUUGAAUUUUCUCCUUUUAAAAGGUAAUCACAUUAAUGGUGAUAUACCUAAGCAAUUAUGUCAGUUGAUAGAUUUAACCAUGUUGGAUCUUUCAAACAAUAAAUUUUUGGGAGAAAUUCCCCAUUGCUUGGGGACAAUGCCUUUUGAUAAUAAGAACCUUGAUCCAUCAUUGAAAGCAUCAAAAGGAAGCUUCGUUGUUGAAGAAUAUAGUCAAGCACCAUUACCAUCAGAGCAUAAGAAAGAGAAAGCAAGUUUCAGUACAAAGAAAAGUACCUUUACUUACACCGGAAGCAUCCUUGGUUACAUGUCUGGAAUUGAUUUAUCCCUAAAUAAACUGAAAGGAAAUAUUCCACAUGAGCUUGGAAACUUGACAAAAAUUCGAGCAUUGAACUUGUCUCAUAAUGAUUUGACUGGACAAAUUCCAGAUUCUUUCUCAAAUUUGGUGCAAACAGAGAGUUUAGAUCUUUCUUUUAAUAAGUUGAGUGGUCCAAUUCCUCCUAAGCUCAAUAUACUAACUGCACUAGAAGUAUUAAGUGUGGCACACAACAACUUAUCAGGCCCAAUACCUAAACAAACAAAUCAAUUUGCCACAUUUGAUGAAAGUAGCUACGAAGGUAACCCAUUCCUUUGUGGACCUCCACUACUAAGGAGUUGCAAUCCAUCUUCUACAAAUAUUUCAAAUGACUCAAAACCUGACAAAGACAAUGGUAGUUUUAUGGACAUGUAUGUAUUUUAUGUGAGCUUUGUGGUAUCAUACACAUUAGCAUUGUUAGCAACCGCUGGAGCUCUAUACAUCAAUCCUUACUGGAGGCAAGCAUGGUUUUACUACGUGGAAUUCUUCAGUUUAAAUGUUUACUACUUUAUUGUGGACAAUUUUUGUAGAUUUUGUAAUGUGUGAAAUAUGUAAGAUGUACCUUGUAUCCCUAGAAUAUCCAUUUUAGAGUGAUUAAAUAAUGUAAAUCAUGCAAGUGUUUCUAAUUCA